GGAGAAGUGGACAGAGAGAGAGGGAGGGGGAAAGGGGGGAAAGGGGGAAGAGGAAAAGAAGGGAAGAGAGGAAGAAAGACCAGGGCAGAGAGGAGAUCAGUUUUGAGAUCCAGGAAACGGUUUGGGAAAAGGCAGAGGAGUAAAAGGGAAAUAAAAGAGGGAGAACCCCCAAAUGAAUCUCUCUGAAUAUCUGUCUCUGAAUCUCUCUCCCUCUCUCUCUCUCUCUCUCUCUCUCUCUCUCUCUCUCUCUCUCUCUCUCUCUCUCUCUCAUCUCCUCUCCCUCUGCUCCUUCCUCCUGCCUUUGCACAACUUAUGUGGCUGGGAUGGGGGCCCUCGGGUGUCAAAACUUUGGAGAUUAAUGGAUUACUUUGUUAAUGACUGCAGGCGUCAGACUGAGGCGCUUACAUGAUUUGUGAGGUGCGAGGCGUCUUCCCGGCCGCACGAACAAUGCGGCGCGGGGAGGCCGGCGGGCCGCGGCGCACACUCGCUCACUCGCUCACACUCGCUCGCUCGCACACUCACGCGCACGCCGGGCCCACCCCGGGUCGCUGCAGAUCGGGAGGCAGGCGGGCCCCCUCGCCCCCACGCACUCCGGGGCAUCCCCACCCACACCCACGUCUCUGUGUGUGUUUUUUUUGCCCAGAAAAAAGUGUAAAUAAAGCCUCGCUGCCCCCAAUGAGGCGUUCCUUCCCGACUUUUUUGGAUCAAUCAAACAGACAGUGGCUUCUUUUGAUUAAAGCCCAAAUUGUCAUUGGGCAGAAGCAAUCAUGUGACAGCCAAUUCGGUCCAAUUUCAACCUUGUCUCCAUGAAUUCAAUAGUUUAAUAGUAGCGCGGUCCCCAUACGGCUGUAAUCAGUGAAUUAGAAAAAAAACACCCCAGCAGCGAUCGUCUAUGAUAGAUUUUUUUUUUGCCUCCCCCUUCCGCACUCGCCUUUUUCCCGGGCCUCGCCCCCCCAAGGCCCCUCCAGAAGAGGGAACUUUUUCUCUCCGAGGGGGCUCCAAGGAGAAGGCCAUGAAUUACGAAUUUGAGCGAGAGAUUGGUUUUAUCAAUAGCCAGCCGUCGCUCGCUGAGUGCCUGACAUCGUUUCCCCCUGUCGCUGAUACGUUUCAAAGUUCAUCAAUCAAGACCUCGACGCUUUCACACUCGACACUGAUUCCUCCUCCUUUUGAGCAGACCAUCCCCAGCCUGAACCCGGGCAGCCACCCUCGCCACGGCGCCGGCGGCCGCGCCAAGCCGAGCCCCGCGGGCAGCCGCGCCAGCCCCGGGCCCGCCGGCGCCCCGCAGCCGCCCGAGUACCCCUGGAUGAAGGAGAAGAAGGCGGCCAAGAAGCCCGCGCCGCCGCCCGCCUCGGCCGCCGCCACCGCCGCCGCCGGCCCUGCCUGCCUCGGCCACAAAGAGGCGCCGGAGGCGGCGGAGGGCGGCGGGGCGCGCCGGCUGCGGACCGCCUACACCAACACGCAGCUGCUGGAGCUGGAGAAGGAGUUCCACUUCAACAAGUACCUGUGCCGGCCGCGCCGCGUGGAGAUCGCCGCCCUGCUGGACCUCACCGAGCGCCAGGUCAAGGUGUGGUUCCAGAACCGGCGCAUGAAGCACAAGCGGCAGACGCAGAGCAAGGAGAACCAGCACGGCGGCGGCGAGGGCCCGCUGAAGGGCCUGGAGGACGCGGACAAGGCGGAGGAGGACGACGAGGAGGAGAAGGCGCUGUUCGAGCAGGCCCUGGGCGUCUCGGGGGCCCUCCUGGAGCGGGAGGGCUACGCCUUCCAGCAGAACGCCCUCUCCCAGCAGCAGGCCCCCAACGGACACAAUGGCGACUCGCAGAGCUUCCCGGGGUCGCCGCUCGCCAGCAAUGAGAAGCAUCUGAAACAUUUCCAGCACCAGUCGUCGCCCACUGUUCCCAACUGCCUGUCAACAAUGGGCCAGAACUGCGGCCCGGGCCUGAACAAUGACAGCCCCGAGGCCCUGGAGGUGCCCUCUUUGCAGGACUUCAGCGUGUUCUCCGCGGAUUCCUGCCUGCAGCUUUCAGACGCCGUGUCGCCCAGCUUGCCGGGCUCCCUCGACAGCCCCGUAGAUAUCUCGGCUGACAGCUUUGACUUUUUUACAGACACACUCACCACAAUUGACUUGCAGCAUCUGAAUUACUAAAAACAUUAAAGCAACACAAAGCAUCACAAAAACAAAAACACAAAAAACCCUCUGACCAGGUGGUUUGGCCUUCUUUUUAUUCUGAGAGUUGAUUUUUUUUAAUUUUUAUUUUUCUUGACCUACCCUCUUCCUCCUCUCGAUGGUGAAGAUUUUCUGUUUAGUGAGUCCCCCCUGACCCAGUUUCAGAGGUGUCUUUUACAGGUUAUUUUGGAGUUUUACUUGUUUUAAAAUCUAAUCCAACAACCCUCUGUGUGAUUUCCCGAAAGCAAUAUAUGAGGCCUGCAAGAAAGUGAUCGUACAAUUGUAUCACUUUCUUUUUAUUUUUGUAUUACAUUAGGAUGCAUUGUCAUGCGUAUUUUUGGUAGAAUAAAUUUUCCUUUGCUAUAA